CAGACGUAGUACUAAAGCAAAAUGAAAGUUAAGCGGAAACACCUAGGGCGGACCCCUAUGAGGCGGACCAGCUAACAAACAAGAACGCAUAUUGAGAAAUUGCUAAAAGCAAUAAAAAUGUGCCGUGGUUUAGUAUUUGUUGUUGCUUCGAUUUUUGUUGCGAUCAUUGGAAUAGGGUACACGUACUUCUAUUCUUUUGAAAAUGGGGAUAAUUUAUUGUCUUUUGACUCUGAACGUCUGAAGAAAGAUUUAAAUAAGAAUCUCUAUGGGCAGCACAUCGUGUCAGAGGUGGUACUGAAAUCUGUUUCGAAAUUUAUGACCGACCCUAACCCAAACAAACCGUUGGUCCUCUCUUUUCACGGGACCACAGGAGUGGGGAAAAACCAUGUCGCUAAAAUCAUCGCGAGAAACAUUUACGAGAAAGGAGAACAGAGCAAACACUUUAUCACAUUUAUAUCCGAGCAUCAUUUUCCUCACAAAUCCAAGGUCGACAGAUACAGUGAAAAACUAAAGAAUUGGAUUCGUGGAAAUGUAUCAAGUUUUCCUCGGUCUAUGUUUGUAUUUGAUGAAAUGGACAAGAUGAAUCCACGGCUGAUCGAAACCAUAAAACCUUUUCUGGACUACACACUUCAUGUGGAUGGAGUGUCAUACCGCAAUGCAAGCUUCAUUUUUCUCAGCAAUGCGGGUGGGGAUGUGAUCAAUAAAAUAACUCUGGAUUGGUGGAGAGAAGGACAAAACAGAGAAAACCUUCAAAUGAAUAGCAAGGGAAUGGAGACUCAAAUCUUUCAGAAUAUCUUCAAUGAUGAGAGCAGUGGAUUUUGGCGCUCUAGUAUCAUAAAAAAUCACCUGGUGGAUCAUUUUAUUCCUUUCUUACCUCUGCACUUGAAGCAUGUACGCCAAUGUGCUCUGGCUGAAAUGGUCAAUAUGAACAUCAGUAUACCUCAAUACCCUGAUCUUGCCGAAACAGUGGGCAGACAGAUGCCAUUUUUCCCUCCAGAGGAAAAAAUAUUUUCUGUUAAAGGCUGCAAGUCAGUCAGACAGAAGCUGAUACUGUACUUCGAUGAAUAGAUGAAAGAGACUUUAUAGGCUAUACCUGAGCCAGUAUUUUAUUCUUAAUUAGCUUUCUGCCAUUGUGUCUGAUUAUAUUCAACUGAUUAUCUCCUGCUAUUUACCUCCAGGGACUGUUCAAAAAGUGUUAUUUCUAUUUUGUCUACUUUAUGAUUAAACUUGACCUCUUUAAGAAGGUAGUAUUAAAGUUUGUUUUCAAACACAUUAUAAA